AUGGCGUUGAUCCUUCUUGUCGUCCUGGCAGUCUUCCUCUUCUUCAGGUGGUACUGGAAGCCAAUUACAAUACCGACCACAAGAGAUGAUAGCUCUUUUCAUCUCCCCGUAGACGCCCAGCGUCGCCAAUACAGGCCCGCCUACUCCGAUCGUAAACCACAUUUCGGCAACAUGUUGACGACGAAGUUUAUUCCUCAAAACUGCGAUCUCAACAAGGACCAUGCGAACAUGCCCGAGACAUUGUCAUCGUUGACACGCGGAAUGGGAAUAUUCCUCAACAAGAUCAUUGACGAAGAAUACAUCCAAAACAUUGACUGCCUGAUUGGCUCUCUCCGGCGCUUCAUCAGCCGCGCGCCGGCACAAGAAUACACCGCCGCCUGCGCCGUCGAGGAGACGCACCGCUGCGCUCUCGAGUGGACGACCAAACCCGACGUGGCGCUCUUCGCCAGCGUCUCCGAGCUGACGCACAAGGCCGCCGUGCGGAUCCUCCUCGGCGACGACUUCUACUCCUCGAGCGAUGAGCUCCGCACGCUCCUGCGCGCCAUCGAGGAGGAAGCCGGGGAGCCGUGGGCCUCCGUCCUUCCUGACUGGCUGCCCCACCCGGCCGUGCGACGGCUGCGCUGGGCACGGGAGCGCGUUGCCGAUAUCUUCACGGAGAGGCUGAUGCGCAGGGAUGCCAUCGCCGUCGCCGGCGGGCCCAUUGAGGCCGACAGGCAGGACUACGUCACGUUCCUCCUGGACGAGGACGGCACGGCGGGGCUGAAGCAUCUGUUCCCUGCGCACUACACGAUCCUGAUGCUCUUUACGCAGAACGGUGUUGCUUCGACCGUGUUCUGGGUCCUCAUCUCCCUCUUGAGACACCCAGACGUCAUGAACGCCGUCAAGAGGAACUCCCGCGGCGCAGAGAACGACUCUUCCCUCCUGAAGGCCUGCAUCAAAGAGACGGAGCGGUACUACGAGAACGUGCGGUCCUCCUCCCGGCUGGACGGCGCCUGCCCGGACUCCUGGAUGCCCGGCAGAUGGCUCAACGCUGAGAAUAAGCUCGUUAGCUUCGACGAGGUGUGCAGCGGCGGCGUUGCGUCUGAUGACCAGGUCAAGCCCGCACAAGGUGACGACGGGAUGUCGGCAAUUGUCGUUGAGCAGGUGCUCACGACCUUGCUUCGGUGCUACGAGGUGUCUUGGGCGUCUCCUGAGCAGCCUCGGACGGUGGAUUUUGAGGCGCUGGAUUUCGAUAGGCCUGGACCCCCCCAAAUGAAGGAUGACUUGAGAGUUAGGGUUUCGAGGAGAGUGUGGCCGGAGAUGACAGGAGGGUGUUAG